GUGGUGAAGCGUGCGAGUUACAAGUCUAAAAUCAAAGAUCCUGGGACUCCCGGCGUUUUAACUAUGACAGAGAACAAGUUUGUGUUCAGGCCAAACGACCCCUCGUCUGCUGCGAAGUUCGAUGUGGAGUUUAAAUACAUUACAGGUCACAAAAACACUAAGGAGGGAACAGAUAAACCACCUUGGCUUAAUCUCAGUGACAAGGAUAGAUGUUACAUUUUUGAGUUUGGAACUUUUCACGAUCUUCAUGUAUGCCGAGAUUUUGUAGGCAAUGCCCUUGCUAAGUCUGGAGAGGCGGCAAAAGCUUCUUCUGCUGCAAAACCUACUUCUGCUGCAAAAACGACUUCUGAGAAAUCUGGAGUCACAUUGCCUGAUGAACAACUCAGUACUGCAGAAAUGCAGCUCCGGAUGAAGCUAUUACAAGAAGACAGUGAAUUGCAGAAACUUCAUAUGCAAUUUGUAAUCAGUGGUGUCUUGACAGAAUCUGAGUUCUGGGCAACUAGGAAGAAGUUGCUUGAUGGAGAUAGCCGUACAAAGUCAAAGCAACGGGUUGGUUUCAGAAGUUCAAUGAUAUUGGACACCAAACCUAUGACUGAUGGCCGGAUGAACAAGGUUACUUUUAAUUUGACUCCAGAGAUUAAAUAUCAGAUUUUUGCCCUGAAACCAGCUGUUCACCAGGCAUUUCUUACUCUGGUUCCCAGUAAGAUGACAGAAAAAGACUUCUGGACAAAAUAUUUCCGAGCGGAAUACCUCCACAGUACAAGGAAUGCUGUUGCAGCUGCAGCAGAAGCUGCUGAGGAUGAGGAACUGGCAAUUUUUUUGAAGGAGGAUGCUAUAUUGGCAAGUGAAGCUCGUCGGAAGAUUCGACGGGUUGAUCCAACUUUAGAUAUGGAAGCUGACCAAGGAGAUGAUUAUACCCAUCUUCCAGAUCAUGGGAUAUUUCGUGAUGGAAGCAAGGACGUCACGGAAUUGCAGAAUGAGCUAUACAGGAGGACUUUAUCACAAGACCUUAACCGACAAGGCGCUGUUGUUCUUCAAGGAAGAACAGUUGAUGUUGAUUUAGAAGAUCCAAGAACUGUUGCGGAGGCACUUAUGCAGUCAAGACGGGAGUCUGAUGAGAGUGCUGAACAGGAUAGACUUGAUAGGAUUACUCGGAUGACGGAGAUAGAGGACCUUCAAGAACAUCACGAUCAUCCUGUUGCUCAAUUAUGUAUUAAGGAUCCUCGAGACUACUUUGACACGCAACAAGUUAAUGCACUUAAAACUUUGGAUGACUCACGUACUGGAACUGAACAGAAAAAAUGCAGCCUGACUACUGAGGAAGCAUAUGGCUCCUUGAGGGAGGCUAUAUCUAAAAUUAAGAGCAUUGGUUUGAAAAAUUCCACAGUUGCACCAGAAAUUGCUAUUACGGUUCUUAAUGGACUGACCCAGAAUAUUUCAAGUACGAAGUAUCAACUUGGGAAGAAUCCUCAGGACAGUGUCCUAGACAGUUUGCCAAACAAAACGAAAGAGGAACUUCUGCAUCACUGGAUGUCCAUUCAAGAAUUACUGAGGCACUUUUGGUCUUCAUAUCCAAUUACGACAACAUAUCUAUCUACUAAGGUAGGCAGACUGAAGGAUGCCAUGUCACAAAUUUAUCGACAGUUAGAGGAGAUAAAGCAAUCGGACUUCCGGCACCAGGUUUCCCUCCUCGUUCGUCCAAUGCAUCAGGCUCUUGAUGCGGCUUUUCAACAUUUUGAUGCGGACUUACAGAAAAGAGCAGCAAGGAGUGGAGGAGAGACACCAAAUGGAAACUCGUAGGAGAAGUUUGCCCACAACCCGUGUAUCUGUGACUGUGUGCUGCCUUUAUCUUGUAGCCAUCUCAUAUAAAACUGUACAUCCAAUGAAUUUUGCUAUGAGCUUGUGCUAGAUUGACAAGGUUUUUGAUUUGAUGUUGUAAAAAAUAAAUUGAUGUUGGACUAUUUAACCAAUUGUGCAUAGAAGAAGAGUCGACAAUUGGGUACAAGUAGAAGUAUUUUUGUUUGUA